CACAACGCGUCAGUAAGGUCUCGCGGCCCGUUAGUAACGGACGUGCGUACGCGCACAAUUUAGUGACCAAACAAUGGAUAAAUAUUGGAUUUAUAUCGCUCUCUUAUCAAUAUUGUUCAGUGUUCAAGCUCUUCAGAACGAUGGAGAACAUUUUCCUGAUUAUUGGCCAGAUGAUACAAAUUACGAUUGGUAUGACGACGAGCUAGAAAAACUGGGCAUCAUCAGCUCAGAAGACAAAGAUAAUAUAGAUGAGAGUAAAAUUCGAAGUGAUAUAGACGCGGAGAACGAUCGUAAAGUUGCUCAAGAAAUAGACAACUUCAGAAGUGACAUUGAUGAUCAAAUCGGUAUCGAUUCAGCUGACGUCGACUUAGUAGACUAUCAGAUUGAAGAUAAUCGUUCUGAAGGCGAAGAUGAUGAAAUUGCUAGUGAAAAUAAAGAUAAAGAGUCAGAAGAAAGUUUAGAUGCUCUGGAUGACUUAGCAGCUGAUGUAGCGGAUUUAAAUAGAAUCAAAGAGUCCCUUGAUGAUAGCAAAGAAAGUAAACAUGAAGUGAAACCAUUGAAUCCUAUUAAAAAGUUUGAUGCAGACACAGAUGAUAUAUUGAACCAGGAUAAUACAAAAAACAAAACGGAUGAAAUAUUACAAGAAACAAAGGAUAUUUUAAAAGAAGAUGAAGGUAAGAACGAGUUUUUAGAAGUAAUACCAUUAAAUCCAGAUACAUCUAACGUAAAUGACACAUUAGAAGAAACAAGGAAGAUAUUGAAUAGCACAGAUGAUAAACUGGAUGAAGAGGAAGAAAAGAAUUCCAAAGAAGAAUUAGACGACAUUUUAAAAGUUGAUGAAGACAAUUUAAAGAACUUCAAUGAAGCAUACGAUGAUAUGUUAGCUUGGAGUAAAAUGUCACAAAGUUUGAAUGAAACAAACUUAUUGAACGACACUGUUUCUGAAGAUGAGAAAGAAAUAGACGAAAUCUAUAAAGCGUACAUAGAUUUAGCUGAUGAUUACGAGAAUAUAGAUGAUGGUAAUUUGGAUGUAUUACUCGGUAAUAAGAAAGAGAAAGAAGAAUCUUUCCCAGAUGACACCAGGUCAGAAGAAGAAAGCAAACAUAAAUCGCAUCCAAUCGAAUAUCUAAAUGACGCUUUGAACGCGAGCGAUGGAAUAAAGAAUCCAGAUGCUGAAAUGAUUCCAGAAAAAGUUGCCGAUGUUAGUACAAAAACAGAAACAAAAGAUAGUAAUAAAGUUAAUUCCACAAUAUCUGAUACAGACUAUAACUAUGUGAUCCAGUCAGAAUAUGAUGAAGUACUGGAAAAGUUUAAACAGAAACAUAGCGAAGAUUUUAACUUCAAAUCGGAAAAUUUCGACAAGCAUAUCGCUCCAAUACAUAUAACUUUGAGCGAGGACCCUGUGGUGGUAACAUCACCUAAUUAUCCAAAUAAUUAUCCGACUAACAAUAUAAUAGACUGGAUAUUUUAUGGAGAUGGGGAGGGAAUUGAAUUUAAUAUUACUGAUUUUGCUGUCAACGGACAUAUUGGAGAUUAUCUUUUGGUCAAACCAGGUGGUGUUGAUUCAUCUGACAAUAAUGGUCUUAUAUUUUCUUACACCUUGGCAACUCAGCGUCAGUAUCUCUUCUUGGACGUCAACCGUAUGUUUGUUCGUUUCGAAGCUAAACCUGGAAUGCAGUUCAUGAGAGGUUUCAGUUUUAGCGUCAAAAUACUUAGACAUAGAACUUUCGAUUUCGAACCAGAGCCGAGUCCUGAACCGAUACGUCCUCUACCACAUUCGAUGAUCACUCUCAACCUUGGAGGUACCAACCUGGAGGACUUCAACGACCAACAAGUCGAAGAGUUUCGCAAGAUCAUUGCUGACAUGGCCACGAUGUAUAUCAACGCUAAUAAUAUCGACCACGGACUUAAUACUACGUUAGAAGCCACACAGAUUGUAAGCAGAGCGCAGUGCUUCCACAAUUGGCCCAAGUUCGAGCAAUGCGUGGAGAUCAAAUUCGGUGUAUCCUUGGAGUAUGAUGAUGAUCAGGAACCCAGACUGAACGAGGAGGACCUCACCAACAUGUGGCAGACUUACUUCGAUCAAGAUCCAUUCGCUAGUCGGCUUAGAAGAAUGGGUAUAACGGAGUACCAGGUGCCAAACGACAAAGGUGUGCUGGUUGUGUGGCUGGUAAUCGGUUGUGGCGUAGCCAUCUCAGUCGCCAUGCUCGCCCUCGCGCUCUGGCGGUUCAGCUGCUUCGAGGAUUACUCCAGGAUGCCAAGGUUCAGUGACUCAGAUAGUAUCCAGGAGAAGCGCGGUCUAGAUCUGUACCCCACACCGCACCAGACACUGCCGCCACUCUAUGAGCAAGACUACAAGUGGGCCAACAACACUUACCUUGACUCCACCAGAGUGGAUUUGGACGGAUAUGCGAAUAAGAACUACCUGGCUGAUGAUGGCUACGGUCUUGAUUCAGAUGAUGAAGUCGCAGAUACCAGGAAUAGGUACACUAGUGACGUGUAGCUGCUACAUAAACUAUUAUAUUUUAUUCAAUUGCAACAGACACAUAACUCCAAAGGAUAUUUUCGUGUGAGGCUGAUCAAAAGGUGAUUUGUAUUAUUAGGUACAUGUGCACUUUACAUGUAUUAACCUCAGGUACAAACGAAUUUGUGCCAUAAGUGAUUGGUAUAAGAUCGAAAUUGUAUUAUAAAAAUAAUUGUGUACGGUGACCACAGUAUAGGUUUAAGUUUAAGAUAAAUAUAAUGUGAUUUUAUAUAUUAGUCCAUAUGAUUGAUCGUACAUAAUACACACACACAUAUAUAUAUGUUAUAUACUAUAACAUUUACUUGCGUAUAUUUUCGUAUUGACAAGUAUUUAAAUGCCAAAGCAAAAA